AAUUGUCUGUUCAUCUUUCAGAAUUCGAUUUCGCAUGUGCGGUCUAAGUGUCAACUCUUGCCAAAGCUGAGGUCACGAUUAUUUUCCGCUAAAUUUACGACUUUCAUUGCGUGAAGAACUUCAUUUCGGGACGAUGGCUGAUCGUGAAGAUAGCGUUUACAAAGCUAAAUUAGCUGAGCAGGCCGAGCGCUACGAUGAGAUGGUGGAAGCCAUGAAGAAGGUUGCCGGUCUCGAAGGAGAACUAUCAGUGGAAGAAAGGAAUCUUCUCUCUGUUGGCUACAAAAAUGUGAUCGGCACAAGAAGAGCAUCCUGGCGCGUCAUCUCUUCGAUCGAGCAAAAGGAAGAAAUGAAGGGUGCCGGUGAAAAGCUUGAAGUUAUCCGUCAAUAUCGUAACAAAGUUGAGACCGAGCUGAAGGAGAUCUGCGCUGACAUUUUGAACGUCCUGGAUAACAAUUUGAUCCCUGCUGCAACAACCGGUGAAUCUAAGGUUUUCUAUCACAAGAUGAAAGGCGACUACAACAGAUACCUCGCGGAGUUCGCCUCCGGAGACGACCGGAAGAACGCCGCGGAGAACGCGCUUCAUGCGUACCGUGCCGCGUCCGACAUCGCCAUGACAGAGCUGGCGCCUACUCAUCCGAUCCGACUCGGACUAGCGCUCAAUUUCUCCGUGUUUUACUGCGAGAUCCUCAACAGCCCCGAUCGGGCGUGUCGCCUGGCGAAGGCCGCCUUCGACGACGCCAUCGCCGAGCUCGACACGCUGUCGGAGGAGUCGUACAAGGACUCCACGCUCAUCAUGCAGCUCCUGCGAGACAAUCUGUCGCUGUGGACGUCCGAUAUUCAAGGAGAGAAUGCUGACGGUGAAACACAAGAAGCAGUUGUUGCAGAGGACGCAACGGGUGUCGCCGCUGCCGCCGUCGAGGGUGCCUCAUAAUUCUGCGCCGCGUGAAAAUUCGCUUGAUCGAUUACAUGACAAAAGUCAGUUUUGAUCGUGAUUCGCCUGCUUUGUUUCCUUCCCCCUUGAGAAUCGCGCAUAAUAAUUGCCCGCCUUUUGAUCUCCCGCACGCGGUUUCGCAGAAUCUCAAGAUGCCGACUUGCGAUCAGAGACACUUGACUCGGUGUCGCAUUUUCGUCGUGAUUGUUCCUUUCUUUCUAUAUUAGCGGCUGGCCGCUGACGACACACAAAAGCUCGUAAUCCGCUCGGUGUUUUAUUGUUUUUUGUUUGUUUUUGUUCUUCACACGAAAUGAAAAGAACAACUUGCCAUUUUGA